AUGGCUCCUCCUUCAGAAGACACAUUGACAAAGGUUUCUACGGAUGCGGCAACCGACUUUGUCCAGUCCUUCUACCCUGCCCUCGAGAACAACCGUUCCACGAUAGCCUCGUUCUACAGCCAGCCUACGGCCAUGAUCCUUUUCAACGGAAACGCUGUCGCCGAUGGAGCCGCUGUCCAAGAGAUUUUCGUCAACCAAAUGUCCCCGACGCAUUAUGAGGUGCAGUCUGUCGAUUGCCAGAUUAUCAACAAGGCGUAUCCGACACCUACAUCCACUGGAGUGAAGCUCCCCACUGAAACGACUGUCAAGGACAUGUCUAUCUUGGUGGUCGUUAGCGGCUAUGUGCGCUUUGGAGAGUCCAGAGAUCUGCCGCAACGAGGCUUCAGCGAGACUUUUGUGCUGGUGCCGAAUCCAUCCGCCGACGGGCCCAAGGGAAAGCGCAAGCGAGAAUGGCUUAUCCAAACCCAGAACUUCCGACUCGUCGUAUGA